GUUAGCAUGGCAACACAUUAUUUGUCACCAUCAAUAUUAUGCAUUAUUUUGGCCACUCUUGUCUCCAUUGUCGGAGCAAAGGUCCCGGCGAUUAUAGUCUUUGGUGACUCUUCCGUAGAUUCCGGCAAUAACAACUUCAUACCAACAAUGGCCAGAGCCAAUUUCGAGCCUUACGGUCGUGACUUUCCCGGGGGACGUGCCACUGGCCGCUUUUGUAACGGUCGUCUCUCUUCCGAUUUCACUUCUGAGGCUUUUGGCCUUAAACCGACCGUGCCAGCCUACCUUGAUCCGUCCUACAAUAUCACUGAUUUCGCCACCGGGGUUUGCUUCGCGUCCGCCGGCACAGGCUAUGAUAAUGCCACGGCCAACGUGCUUGGCGUGAUUCCAUUAUGGAGAGAAGUAGAGUAUUAUAGGGAAUACCAAAGCAAACUUUCCGCCUAUCUUGGCCACCGUAGAGCUGCCAGAAUCAUCAGAGAAUCUCUGUACUUAGUCAGCAUAGGAACCAACGAUUUCCUUGAGAACUACUUCACAUUACCGGACAGGAGAUCUCAGUUCAGCAUCAGUCAGUAUCAAGACUUUCUGAUAGAGAUAGCUGAGGUGUUCUUAAAGGAUCUUUACAGACUCGGAGCUCGGAAAAUGUCUUUCACCGGAAUCUCGCCUAUGGGAUGUCUACCAUUGGAGAGAGUGACGAACCUUGACGACCCUUUUAGCUGUGCUCAGAGUUAUAAUAACCUGGCUGUUGAUUUCAACGGGAGAUUGAGAAAAUUGGUGAUGAAGUUGAAUAGAGAGCUCACUGGAAUGAGGAUUUUCUUUGCUAAUCCUUACGAUAUCAUUUGGGACAUUGUAACCAAACCUGAUCUUUACGGUCUAGAGGUAUCUAGUUCUGCAUGUUGCGGCACGGGAUUGUUCGAGAUGGGAUUUCUUUGCGGCCGGAACAAUAUGUUAACUUGCAGUGAUGCGAAUAAGUUCGUUUUCUGGGACGCAUUUCAUCCCACCGAGAGGACUAAUAAGAUUGUGUCCGAUCACUUUUUCAAGCAUCUCAAGAAUCUGUUUCAUUGAUCCUAUAUAUAUAUAUAUAUAUUCCUAUUUUACUUCUUUAUGAGUACUUUUGCAAUUAGUCAAAUACAAUUUCGAAGAUAAGAGCUUUGAAUGGAUGUGAAAAGUGCAGACGAUUGAUCCAAUAAAAAAGUUGAAAGAAGGUCAGAGAAAUAACUGGUUGCUUGAGCAAGAAGUAUCAGAAAAAUCUCUUCCUCUAGAGUGUUAGAAUUGUUGUUUUAGUA